AUGGCGCGCUUUUUUAUCCCACGUUUUGUCGGCAGCCGCUCUUUUGCGCACACGGAUGACGCACCGAAACGCUCCAAUCGCGGCAGGGCAAAGCCCAACCACGUGGUACGGCACAUGGCCUGGGACUCCACCUCCCGCCAUGCACCUCCCCGCUCGGACCACGUGGCCGGAAGCGGACCUCGUGGGGCUGCUGGGAAAUGUAGUCCCCGCCUGGCGUGGGCCGAGCUUGCCGCGGGCCAUGUGGGCUGGCACAGCCCCAGUGCCGCUGCGACACCAACCCACCCGGCACCCCCCGGGACACGCAGCGCCCCGCCGCCCCCUCCCCGAACCCUCGGGGUCCCCAGUCACCACGUGGCUGUCCCGCAAGCCCGCUCCUUCCCUCUUCCCCCCCCCCCCUCCGCCGGGACUACAAGCCCCGGCAUGCCCAUCCGCCCCACGGACACGGCUCCACCUCCCCCCCUCCCCCCCGCCAUCCCCAGGCGGUCCCGGUGGAGGUUACACGGGCGCUAA